AUGUUUAUUUGGGUUCAAUUGAUGCUAAAAGAGUUGUUGAAGAAGAGAAGCGAGUCAGCAAUCCGUGAAGCCCUGGAUUCUGCGCCUCGUGGCUUGGAUGAAAUGCUUUCUCAUGUCCUCACAAGUUUCUCUUUGACUCUUGUUGAUGAUUAUUCAGAUACCCUGAACGAAUUAUUGGCUUGGGUAACAUGUGCGCAGUGGCCCCUGACACUGAGAGAGCUUGAUACAAUUUUAAAGCUCAAAUCCCCUGACGGGGAUGGUAUGAUCUACCUGGAAGGCCCCCUUCGGAGACAGUUUGCUUCUUUCUUCAGCCUUAAUCGCGAAGAUGGAUUAACUACUGCCGAACUAUAUCUCAUGAAUCCAAACGUUGCUGGCUCGGAUGACGAAGAUAAUAUAGGUCGCACCCAGGAGAAGACUUUUGAAGAUGCGGAUGAUGCAACUCAGUUUGAUUCGAACCCAGAUACAACGACGGUUACAUUUUGUCAUUCCUCCCUAGGAGACUUCUUUCGGGGUGUGAAGGGCAAAGUUUCCGCAGGUGACGGAUAUCCCAGUAUCGGCGUCGACUUCAAUGACGCUCAAUUUAACGUCGCGAAGUUAUGCCUGGAGAUUUUGUGCAACGAAGAGGGAGAGGAUAAAGCCACAAGCUUACGAUAUGAUGCGGAUGGGCACUGGCCAAAACACCUCCAUAUGCUUAGUGCAUCUAAAAAGUCGUCGCUUGAAAUUUCGUGUGAUGAAGAAUCCAUGUUGAAAUCGGAGGAUACAGCCGCAAGCUUACGAUAUUAUGCGGCUAAGAACUGGCCAAAACAUCUUCAUAAGCUUGAUUCCUCAAAAAUGACAAAUGCACAAAAGAUACAGAUAGUCAUUUUAUUGUGUCGAAUGUUUACCCAACAAAGCACCAUGAAAUAUUGGAUUUUUACUGUCGGGCCACCAUUUUUGACUACAACAAACCUGGGACAAGUAAGAAAAUGGAUGGAUGAUGAGCAAAUCGUAACUGAACUACCCCCUGGUUGUCAAGAAUUUGUCAGGUCAACUUCCAGCUCACCUGCAGACACAUUUAGGUCAUUAAUUCUAGUUGUCGAAAGAUAUUGGCUUGGUGAUUUACUAGGGCAUUCCGAGACUUGCUGCGACAUGGUUUUCAACUAUUUUUGUCUUAAGGAUGGAACUCCGGAUCUGCAGCAUGAAGGUUGCAACUCCGCCGCGAUACUUAUCUCUCUAGCCGAGAGGUUGGGCAUGGAGAAAACAGCGAAUUGGUAUCGGAGAGUUGCUGUGACUUUACGUGACAAAGGUUUCCUUGAAGAGUCCUUGACGUACUUUACCAAAUCAUUAGAGCUUGACAGUACUUUGUGGCUCUCGCGUGGUGGUAUGGCAACGACAUAUUUCCAGCUGGGACAGUAUGAGAAAGUUAUUGAACUGCACGCAUCAUUAAUAUCCGAAGUUCAACAGGGUACGGGGAGACUAGCCGGAGUGAAUAAGUAUCUUCAUGCAAUGUAUGAGCGGACGGCUGAAUGUUUUGCCAAACUGGAGGAUACGGCAAACGCGUUGAAAUAUUAUCAGAAAGGCCACAGCAUUUCCCCUCAAUGCAACAAAUGUAUUUGUCAACUUCUACUUUUGAUGGAUGCUCAGAAACUCUGCGAAGAUAUAAUCUUGACACUGAAAGCCAUGCAAGGGAGGAUGACCCCAACCGGAGAUUGCGCUUAUUUGGCCGUCUUCGUAUAUAUCAACUUUGAUGUUAACUCAGAUUACUUCAAACUUGUCGCGCGAGCUGCAAGAAACACAGGGCAAGAGGAUUUUUUCAUCGAUGCUUGCCGAGACACGAUUCGUGUGACAAAAAAGCUGUUAAUUUCGGUUGAGUCAAGCAAGCUCGAGCUUUGUCUUGCGGAUUUCUAUUAUAAGCAUACAAGGGAGCAAGCCAAAGCUCUAAGGAUAUGGAACAAGCUGAUUGAAACCUUUGCAGAACCAAGACUGGGAAGUGCCAUAUUCUUCGUCAAAGAUGAGGCAACAGACCGGCUAGCUACCCAUUACAGCCGAAAGCUAUGGCAAGCAGGCAUUGAUUUUUCAAAUGCAGAAAAUGAUGUCAAGAAUUUAGAGCGGUUAGCGAAACAGGAGUCAAACCCUCAUGGGAGCAGCUCCUCCAUAUCCUACGCUGCCAAUAAGGCUGCCAUUCGCCUUGGGCUGUGGUAUCGACUACAAGGUAGAAGGGAGGACGCAGAUGCCUGUUUUCGACCAUCGAUCAAAUACGCACUCGAAUUAUUGUCAAAUGAUGACCUGGAAAAUGAUACAUUCGCUUACAAAAUUCUUAGGGAGGUGCUAUUGGCAACCGGUGAGAAUGAGCUCGUCAUUCCCAUUUUCUAUUGCCUAGUAGCAAUGCUCAAUGAUUCGACGAGAACUAAAAUGGGGAUGCGAAGGAUGGGAAGUCACGAUGACACCAUCGGUGACAAGCCUACUAUUGGGGAAUGUAACGGAUGCCAGAAGCUACUUCGAGGGAGCGACAACGUCCACGUCUGCACUUAUUGUCUUGGGAUGAUGUUGUUUUGCGAAAAAUGCGAACAGCUCGCAAAAGACGGUGUGAUACCAGAGGGGGUUUGCAAUGUAUCACAUGUAUGGAUGCUUAUCCCACGCAACCCCGAUCCAUAUGUGACUGGCAAGUUUCGUAUUGGAGGUGUGCUUGUUGAUUUAGAGGCCUUUAAAAAGCAGCUAGCCAGGCGCUGGGGGCUUUGA